CUCAGUGUCGGACGUCCGUCCUCAGCUCAACAUCUCUGGACUUUUUGAAAAAUAUAAUUAUUUAAAUUUUUUGGGAUAAAAGUGAAACAAAAGCCAUGAACGAGACACAAGAGGAGGGGAGGAGGGACGGGCGAGCUCCCAGACCAGACCAAAGAGACCUCUCGGACGUGGAGGGCGGCUGUGAGGAGAGACACCGGGUCAACAGAGCCAUCAGCGACCCCCUGCACAACCAGACGAACCAAGACCAGAACCAGACCCAAGAUUUGGACCAAUAUCUGGACCAGAACCAGAGGACAAAACCAGCUCUCAUCAGGUCCAAGACAUUUGACCCGUCGCUACUCCGAGACGCUUCCUCUGACGCUGACCCAAAGAUCCAGAGGAAAAAGUCACACUACAGCCAGCUCUCAAAGACAAACGGACACUACCAUAAAAUAUUUAAAGAGAUCAGCAAAGAGGAGCAGCUGCAGCAGAGUUACACGUGUGCUCUGCAGAAGGACAUCUUGUACCAGGGCCGUAUGUUUGUGUCUGAACACUGGAUCUGCUUCCACUCCAAAGUCUUCGGCAAAGAUACAAAGAUCGUGAUCCCUGUGGUGUCCAUCACAAACAUAAAGAAAACUAAGACGGCUCUGCUGCUGCCCAACGCGCUGGUCAUCGCUACAGCUAACGACCGGUAUGUUUUCGUGUCGUUUCUGUCCAGAGACAACACUUACAAGUACCUCAUGUCCGUCUGUCUGCAUCUCGAGGAGAAGAGUCCUUGCAGUAGUCCGAUUCCCUCGUCUGUGGACAGUAGUUUCCGGAGUCAGCGCUCGCCUCAGUCUCCACGAUUCCCUCUGGCUUUUUCUGGAGAGUUUGUGGAGCAGAGGAGGGAGGAUUUGGAGGAGAGCAGCAGUUCAGACUCACAGACCCCAGACUAUGACAAAAUCAAUGAGUUCCCGGUCCCUGAGUUCCUCUUGACUCGACCUGAGAAUCCUCCUCCUCCAAAAGUCUGUGAGCCUCAGAAGAAUCAAGCUCCAACUCAGAACAUCUCAGAGAACAAGCACCGAGUUUCAGAGCUGGUGUUGGACAGUCGGAGUCUGAAGUCGGUCUCUCUCAGCACUCUGCUCUGUGUUUACCUGCUGCUAGUGUGCGUGCUGCUGCUGUCCUCCUGUUAUCUCGCCUUUAAGAUCGUGUCUCUGGAGCAGAAACUCUCCACUCUGGGACCAAUGCCCGACUUUACAGAGCACCAUGACAUCCUCAGAGCCACAGAGCGAAACUCAGACCUGUUCUCAGAACUCAUCACCAUCAACCUCCUCAAACUGGAGAAGGUGCAGAGGAACCUCCAGAGGCUGUUGGAUGAGGCCUCCUGAGCUUGGGACACCUCCCCUUUAAUAUGAGACACCUCCCCUUUAAUUGAUACUCUGCAGCUGAUGUCAUCAACGUUCUCUGGGAGUGUGAAGCUAUCUGUAGGCACUGCUCUGUCUGUAUUAGUGUUUAAUCUGAGCUUUAUUUUAACACAAUCUGACCAUAAAGACCUGACUUACCUGAACUACAACUGGUGAGGUGAUCUGUGCUGUUAAACAAGUCCCUCUCAUGAUGUCGUGAUGUCACUGCAAAGUAUCAGUAUGAGACUCCUCCCCUUUAAAAUGAGACACCUCCCCUUUAAUUAGAACCAAGCCCCUUUAAUAUGAACCACACCCUUUUAAUAUGAACUAUGCGACUUUAAUAUGAACCAUGCCCCUUUUAUAAGAAGGGUGCCCCUUAAUAUGAACCACACCCCUUUAAUAUGAACCACGCCUCUUUAAUAUGAACCAUGCCCCUUUAAUAUGAGUCCCCUUUAAGAGUGGAGCAGCUCAAACUAGGACCACAUUAAGGUACAGUUUCAGGACAAAUUGAAACUAAACUCAGGGUCUGAAAUUUCAGACAGGACGUGAUUGAAGAGGAGCUGCUGCCCCCUGGUGGACACUACGCUCAGCACAUCUGGACUUCUUUAAUCCUGGCUCUUUUGGCUCUUUCACAUAUGUUUUGAUGUUUUUGUGGAUGUGCAGCUGGUGCAGGGGGGUACUGUGUGUGUUUCAGGGUGAAUGUGCAGAACAGUGUUACUUUGAAUGUUGAUUCUGUGGCGUCAGAGUCUGUCCUGAGUCUUCCUCAUUUUAAAGCCUCUAAGUAUUUCACUUCAAAUGAGUCAUUUUGUAAAUACAGAAAAAUAAAUUUAUGUAUUUAUUUUGUUUAAAAAAGUGUUUUUAUGAUGAUUCAAUAAAUGUCUUUGUGUUUUAUUU